UCAACUGUCAAAGUCUGGCGAUCUGCGAGUUCGAUCUGCUGAGUGUAUUUUUACGUAAAAAUGUAUAUUAUCGAAUAAUUUAUACGAAUGAUGGACGAAAACGACUUCUUCAGGCAAACCGUGCAGCACCUGGCACGAUGUUUGUCGAAUAUAAACCCCACACCAUGGGAAAAGGUGAACACCCUAUUCAUGCUCUGCCCUCAAGCGGGCUCAUCGCUGGUCGUGACUCCGCGCAGUCAAGAAGCCUGCAUAGCGCUCGGACUGUACUUCCUCCAAAGCGGUCUCCAACACCAGGAUAAACUCCUCCCGUACUUCCUGAAGGUCCUCAAAUGCCUGGCUAACGCACAGUUCGAGGAGCCACUGUACAAGAUCAAGAAUGGUGACCGUAUACCAAUGUCAGAGAAGUUCAGUUUCUGCCUCAACACACUCCUCUCAGACGUCGCCUCAAAACAGACAGCGAUCAGGGAGGAAAUCAUCACAGCGCAAAUAGAACUUAUGUCCAAUCUCACAAAGAUCAUUAUGAACUGCCACGAAAGCAAAGACUACACGCAGAGUGUCUCAAAGCUGCAGCUCUGCAAGAAUACCAUACCGGUUCUGAUAGGUCUUGCUAGAUCUAUGGGAAGAUAUGCGACUAUAGAUCCUCCCUUACUCUGCCGGUUGUUUCCCCAGCCGAGCAGUCCGGCCAAAGCGAAGGAAGCUGAGCCAAACUUCGAGUAUUCUACUCUGGAUAAGAAACGAAAGUUCAAUCAAUUCAGGCCGAUCAUACCGCGAUCAUUGUCCGGGAAUUUGAAUCCGAACAACGAGAUUUUGAUUGAGAAUGGUACCGACACGAUUGAUAGUGCUGGGGGUACAUUAAAAAGGGGGUCUCUUCACAGCUACAGUUCGGUCCCUUACGAUCCGACGACUUACUUCUUUCACAAGUUUGGAUCCAGUUUUAACCAGUUUCCGUACAUGAGGUUCUCGGAGUCGCCCGAGAAACGGAUCAGUGUGCAGUUCUACGUGACGUAUCUGCAGUCGAUACUGUCGCUCGCUAAGAAGCUGCUGACCAAAGAUUUGCUGGCGUUUUUGGAUGAGGAGGCUGAGGAUAUACACGCUUCGGGACAGAUUCAAGUGUUCCCAUACAAAUCAUUUUCGGAAACCCUCAACUUGGUGAUGGUGACAUUGCUGCGUGAGCUGUUGCAGCAUCAGAAAGACCUGCCUGGACCUUUCACCAAAGAUGUGCAGGAAUUCGUCAAAUGCCUCUUCCUAAGCGGGCAAACGGAACUGCAAAGUCGCCACCACGACGCCUCUGAGAGGGAGGACAGAGAGACCAACUUUGCUACCGUGAACAAGUUCAAAGUUAACGUCAUGGCCAACUCGGCAUGUGUCGACCUGCUAGUGUGGGCUAUUGGGGAUGAGACAGGUGCGGAUUCUCUCUGCGGACGCUUGACGGAGAAGAUAAACUCCAACCACAACCACAAACUCAUACUGGCUCACAUGCCUCUACUGAUGGUUUGUCUGGAAGGUUUAGGCAAACUAGCGACCAAAUUCCCGACCAUCGCGAACACCUCAAUAUACUGCUUGCGAGACUUCUUAGUAACACCUUCGCCGAUCCUGUUCAAGCUGCAUAAGCUGGAGCUGGAGAAAACUGGCAAGGAACACAUGAAGGUCACUUUGCAAGGCAAGGAGCUCCAAGGGUUAACAGAGACAGGCGUUCCAGUCAAGUCUACGCCCUUCGAGAAACUUCGAGACGCGGCCAUAGAGAACCUUUGCGUGGCACUUGAAGCGGCUUUAACUGUGGACCAGUUCUGUGUACCAGCGCUGGUCGGAUCUGUCAGCAAUCGGCUGUUCACCGCUGAAACUAGCGACAGUGAGUCGUCACUAAUAAGCACCAACAUAGUCAUCAUGUUGGGACACGUCGCAGUCGCCUUGAAAGACACGCCGAAGACUACGGAUACGAUCCUGCAAUUCUUCCAGCAAAGGCUCUGCCGGUCACCGUCAUCCCUAGACACCCUGAUAGUAGACCAGUUAGGCUGCAUGGCGCUGGCCAGCCCAGAAGGGCCCGCCCAUGAUGAGAUAAUGCGGAUGUUCACCGUCAUCACGGUAGAGGCAGCCAGCGCUGCCUACCACCACACCGACGAUAGGAAACAGUACAGACACGUCUCAGGCGCAGUCCUAAACGCUCUCGCCAACAUCGCCGCCAAUGUGAGAGGAACCUCAGCCAGGUUGGAACUCCUCACUCGACUGUUAGAACUGUUCGUGCAGCUAGGCCUCGGGGGAGAGCGGGCUACGGACCGCUCGCCCGCGCCCGUGUUGAAAGCGUCGGGGAGCGCGGGCAAUUUGGGCGUACUCAUACCUGUUAUAGCGGUUCUAGUCAAAAGGUUGCCACAUAUAAAAAACCCGAAACCUCGUCUCCACAAACUGUUCAAAGACUUCUGGCUCUACUGCGUCGUCAUGGGCUUUACUGCCGCAGAAUCAGGGCUCUGGCCUCAAGAGUGGUACGCUGGAGUGAAAGAGAUAGCCGUCAAGUCUCCCUUCCUCGUCUCUCAGACGUCACUGCGCUCGGAAAUGCGCGAGCUUCAGUACACGUCAGCUGUCAGGAACGAUUCCGUGUCACAAAUUGAGUUGCAAGAGUUGAAGACUCAGAUCUUGAACUUGUUGGAACAUCCUGCUGAUGUGACGGUUAUUGUCAACAAGUUGACGUUUGCGCCGUGCAUGUAUUUACUGAGUGUUUAUUGGCUGGAGACUUUGAGGGUAACAAACUCUCCAGAGCCGAGUUUACAGCCGAUCAUAGAGUAUUUGAGUGACACCGCGCUUCAAAAAGACAAGAGUGGGAUGUGGCAAUGUGUUGCCAGUGUCGGCGACAAAGUAUUUCAAAAGUUCCUUGACGUAAUGUCAGAGAAAGUCAAAGAUGAGUCCCGGGAGAGGGAACUAGAGAGUCACGCACAGUUCCUAUUGGUGAACUUCAACCACAUCCACAAGCAGAUCAGAAGGGUGGCCGACAAGUGGCUGGCCGGCUUGGUGGACAGAUUCCCUCAUCUCUUAUGGAACUGUAGGGUGCUAUGGUCAAUGCUGGACAUCCUUCAAGUAUUGAGCUUCAGUCUGGAACUUGACGCAAACCAAGAAACACCUCUGUUGAAGGUGCCCGGCACUGACUUCACUCUACAGCUGCAAGACACAUUGGAAGGGAGAGAGAGCAUCGUAAAAGAUUUCGCGGACCGAUGCCACGGUAUCGUCCAAGAGGCUAUGAAGUGGGCACCCCAGUCGACAAGAUCACAUUUGCAAGAAUACCUCAACCAAGUCCCAAACUCAACGCUCUGGCAUCACUGUGGCCUGGCCUUAGCUACGGGCGCGUUAUUAGGCGCUGCCGGCCUCAAUCGUAUGUCAGCGCCUUUACCUCGCGCUGCGUUGGACAAGCGGCCGCCGUGCGUGACUCAAGACUCCGCUGCUUUGUUGGCCGUUGUGUCUCAAAGGAGCCGGUAUGCUGGAGAGGUAGCAGGGGCAGUAUUCGCUGAAGGUGGCGGCGAAGCUGCCGUUUGGAGGGUAGGCGCGCGCCUCCACACAGCACUCAAGGAAGCCUGUUCAAGUGGGAGUGAGACCUCCCACCGGGCCGCUCUGUGGAGGGCCACGGCACUGCUAGUCCAUGCGAGGCACUUCAAUAUACACGCUAAUACGGCACCCACUGCGAGGGCGCUGUUACAUUCUGUUGCGUGGUCUCAAGUGGAGAUCUUCACGGAGGACGCGGUCAGCACGGCGGUGGAGUGCUGGCAGUGGCUGACGACGUCCCGGCCGGACCUGGAGCUGCGGCUGGUGCAGGAGGUGUUCGCGGCCUGGCAGUGCACCGCGGACCGCAGGAUGGGGCUGUUCUCGCGGCAGGCCGACGAGAUCAGCCCGCUGGCGGCUUAUGAAGGUGCAAAACUGGAGCCCCGACCGCCAUUCGUGGCGCCGCAUGCGGUGUGGGUGCGCUACUUGUGCGAGGUGGCUGAGACUGCCAAGUACAACAGCCUGGAGAAGGUUGAGAUGCUGGCUAGUCUACUGCACAGAUCUUUACCAAUCACCGUUGGUGAUGUGAGGGAUCAUAUCAAUCGGCAUGUGGAAGCAGUUGGUGUCAGGUUCAGGCUACUAUCCUGCGGCCUGUCCCUUCUCCAAGGGGACAUUCUCCCCAAGUCACUAGCUCGCAACAUUCUCCGCGAGCGAGUAUACAGCGCGUGCUUAGACUACUUCUGCCGAGGUCUACAAUGCCCUGCCAAGAUAUCAGGGGCACUCAGGGAAGAUAUCAUCAGCCUGAUCAAGUUCUGGCAGUUGAUGCACUCGGAUAAGAAGUAUUUGAAGAGCAGCGACAUUGGUGGUGAAUUCGAAUUGAUGGGACCAAGCAGUCAGCAAAGCAUUUACACGUCAAAUUCCCCAACUGACAACCGGUCAUCUGUGAAUAGCAGUGACAUUGGUAGCAGGCAGAAUACAGGAUGGAUAAAUACGGUUCCCAUGUCCACCACGACUCUAAGCAGUGGCGCUGGCAGCAUAGCGGGCAAGCGUUCCAACCGCAGCGUGAAACCGCCCGCCAAAUCGCAAGAUACGUUUGUGAAAGACUACGUUAGGAAGAGGAAUCUUAUACUGGAGUUAAUGGCUGUUGAAAUCGAGUUCCUAGUAACAUGGCAUAACCCCCACGGUCGGCCGGAGCAAGCGGUGCCGGGUGAAGACAAUAUAGCGACGUGGCGCUCCAAGCCCAACACUGAUCGCACUUGGAAGGACUACGCGAAACUGGCGUGGGAUAUCAGUCCCACGCUGGCCGUGUUUUUGCCUGAAAGACUGAAAGCCGAAAGCAUCACAGCCGAGAUUCGACGGAAGGUGCUAGCGCAUCCCAUAGCAGUGUGUCACGUGCCCCAAGCGCUGAAGUACCUGGUCACCACCGAUACGCUGUUAGGAGACGCGCAUGAGCUAGUCCACAUGGUGACAUGGGCUCGCGUGAGCCCCGUCGAAGCGCUGUCAUACUUCAGCCGACAAUACCCGCCGCAUCCUCUAUCGGCGCAGGCGGCGGUCAUGACUCUGACUUCCUACCCUUCGUCUGCCGUGCUACUGUAUAUCCCGCAGCUGGUGCAAGCGCUACGGCAUGACACGAUGGGUUAUGUCGCGGAGCUGAUCAAGUCUUUGGCGAAGAAGUCCCAAGUGGUGGCCCAUCAGCUCAUCUGGAACAUGCAUACCAACAUGUACACUGACGAGGAGAUGCAUAAUAAAGACACCGCGCUAUUCGACGUGCUAGAAGCUUUAACCAAGAGCAUAGUGGACACGCUAUCAGGGCCAGCCAAGGCGUUCUAUGAGCGAGAGUUCGAUUUCUUCGGCCAGAUCACCAACAUUAGUGGCAUCAUCAGACCCUUCCCGAAGGGAGCUGAGAGGAAGAGGGCGUGCUUGGAAGCGUUGAAAAACAUUAAGGUUCAACCAGGCUGCUACUUACCCUCUAAUCCGGACUCUAUGGUAUUGGACAUAGACUACAAAAGCGGUACUCCUAUGCAAAGUGCUGCGAAAGCUCCAUAUCUGGCUAGAUUCAGAGUGCGGAAGUAUGGCAUAGAAGAGAUGGAAUCUGUCGCCAUGGCGAUCGCUUCAGGGGAAGACCCACCUGUCGAGGAAGGCAAAGACAGAUACACGUCCAUAGUGUCGGAGGCGUGGCAAGCGGCCAUCUUUAAAGUGGGCGAUGACGUCAGGCAAGACAUGUUGGCGCUGCAAGUGAUAUCGCUGUUCAAGAACAUAUUCCAACAAGUCGGCUUGGAUCUGUACUUGUUCCCGUAUAAAGUUGUGGCUACGGCGCCUGGGUGCGGCGUGAUAGAGUGCGUGCCGAACGCCAAAUCCCGAGACCAGUUGGGACGACAGACUGACAUCGGCAUGUAUGAGUACUUCAUCAAGAAGUAUGGCGACGAGACUACUAGAGAAUUCCAGGCGGCCAGGAGGUGUUUCGUAACGUCCAUGGCGGCGUACAGCGUGAUCGGAUUCCUGCUUCAGAUCAAGGACCGGCAUAACGGGAACAUCAUGCUGGACACAGACGGACAUAUCAUUCACAUAGAUUUCGGCUUCAUGUUCGAAUCCUCACCCGGUGGUAACCUGGGCUUCGAACCUGACAUCAAGCUGACGGACGAGAUGGUGAUGGUGAUGGGCGGCAAGAUGGAGGCGCCGCCAUUCCGCUGGUUCUGCGAAUUAUGCGUGCAAGCGUUCCUCGCUGUCAGGCCGUACCAAGAAGCGAUCAUCUCCAUGGUAUCCCUUAUGCUCGACACGGGCCUACCCUGCUUCCGAGGGCAGACCAUCCGUUACCUACGCGCGCGCUUCGCCCCCAACUCUACAGAGAAAGAGGCAGCUGCUUUUAUGCUGUCCAUCAUCAGGAGUUCCUUCCUCAACUUCAGGACCCGGACGUAUGAUAUGAUACAGUAUUACCAGAACCAGAUACCAUAUUAAUUGGUCACUCAAGAUUAUGGGCGAAGUUAAUUUUAUAAUAUGACAAUCUUGUAAAUGAGGCGCUAAAAAAAUGAGGCACGUAAAAAGUUCUUCAGAAGAUGGUAAUAACUAAUAUUAUAAUGGUAAUCUUCUGAAUCAGGUGGGUAGUUAAUGCUAUAGCCAAAAAGGAAGAUACUGUCUGGAUAAUGGGAUAUAAGAGAAGAAAGUUACAUUUUUCACUUUUUCAAGAAAUUAUUUGAUCACUUUUCCUUGUUUCUGAACCUCAUCUAUUGCUAUUGUCUUGGGUUUACGUGCAAUAUCUAUUUUUUAACUUGCUCAGUGAACUCAAUUUUUAUUAAAAAUUGGUUACGAUAUCCAGUUGACCUUAUAGGUUUUCAAGAUUGUCGUCGUAUUAAAAACGAAGAUCUUCAUGCCAUUUAGAAGCUCCAUGUCGGUUUGAGUCGAAUUGAGAAAGUGAUUUCAUCACAAUGUAUGCGUAAUUUAUUUAUCAUGAAUUUUCAAAUAUAGUUCAAAAUUCAAUAUCAAUCAUCUCGUAAAAAAUAAUACAAACUCCUGUAACUGUUUUAUUAUUAUUUAUCGGUAUUGCUCUUGAAAACUAACUCAACUAAAAAAUAUAAAUAUAUUGUGUGAUUUCUUUGGACUUUUUUCCGUCAAUACUUUGGUUUUUGGCUAUUUCUUUACUUCUGUUAAGCUGUAAGGGAUAGUAAUCGUGAUACUAUUAUAUGGUUAAUAUUUAUUAUUCUGGUUUCGGAUGAACAAUAUUUUAGAAUGUAAGUCAUUUGAUCGAAUAUUUCAAAUUUAUAUCCAUUAAUCAUUCUUAAAUUAUUAUAGGACUGUUGUUGCCCCUGUACUUAGAUAUUUAUCUAAAUGUAUUAUAUCACUAUUUAUAUGUAUGUAUAUGGUUCAAUUAGUCUUUGUAGUAAACUCUUUAUGAUGUUGUAAAAGGGCUCUUUUAGAUUGGCGUAUUUUACGUAUACGUAUUUACAAUUGUGCUACAUUACAUUUCGUGUAAGGACUUAAAAGAAGUUAUUAGCACUUACUAAAAAGUUAAAAACCCUUAUAAUGCCAAUCUGAAUGAGCACUAUUUGUGUACCCUCUCCCAAAGAAUUUGCUGUAUUUAUCAAUGUUUGUAAUUUUCAAUAGGUAAUGCCAACAUGCUCUUUCAAUAUUGUGAAGAAACAUAUUUAUUUUAUGGUAUUCAGCAAAAUAUUACUUGCAGAGUACUUUUCUGUUGUUUAUAUUCAGAAAAUGUAUAAUAGAGAAAAGAUGUCUUCAGAUCUAUACACAUUUUAUUGUAUUUACCUAUCUACUGUAUUAAAUAUGUAUCACAUGGCUGUUUUAUACUUCAAUCCAUAAAAAUAACUAGUAUUUUGUAACUAAAACUCGUGUUUUUUAGGAUCUGUGUUGUUGAAUUAUGUUGGAAGAGAUAUUAUAUUAUUAAAGAUGUGUAGGAAAUUUUAAUAUUAAUGUUAUUAAUUUUGACAUUCCUGUGAUUAUGAUCAUUACCUUGUUGUUGAUGAAUAAAGUAUUUGGUAGAGGUAUUA